AUGGCUCCCCUGGCUCAGACCAUACAGAAUAUGCUGGAAAGCCGCAAAUUACUUGUGAGUCGAGAUGAUGAUAGCGACGACGAGGACGAGGAUUACUCCGACAACGAAGACAAUCAUUCUAGAAGAAAAAAAAUAUCCAAGGAGCUGGAUACUCCGCUACAACCUCUUCAGAAUCAAACCUCAUCAGAAGAUCAGCUACCUUCGGAGGAUCGUUUUCUACCAGAAGAAAAGUUAUCGUCAGAAGAUCGUUUUCUACCAGAAGAAAAGUUAUCGUCAGAAGAUCGUUUUCUACCAGAAGAAAAGGUACCAUCAGAAGAACAGUUACCAUCAGAAGAACAAUUUCCAUCAGAAGAACAGUUUCCAUCAGAGGAACAGUUUCCAUCAGAGGAACAUUUUCCGUCAGAAGAACCAAAAGAAAAUGAAGAGUCACCACCAUCUCGCUCGCCGCCACAACCAGAACCGAGACCUCAGUUAGAACCAUCACCAGGAAAACCACAGCCCCAAUUAUCACCCUCACCGCCAUCACCGCCGCCACCACCUCCGCUGCCUCCUCCGCCUCAAGUUGUGACUGUGAUAUCUACCACAACAAAAACCACCAACCCCUCAGCUCCCACUUUAACGUCCAUGCCAAAUAAUUUGAAUCCGGGGAUGAAUCCACCCAUGAAUCAAACGACCCCUUCCACUCAGGCUGAUGCGCCACGAAAAGAACUUAACCCGGGGCAGAUGCCCACAUCGCCAGCCAAGGUAACUCCUGCAGCUAUGGGCCCUUCUCCUAGCAUUCAGACGAUAGUUAUUGCACAGACAGGGAGCGCUUCCCUUAAUUCAUCACCGGUUUUGAUACAUCACGAACACCAUGAAGGGGUUCUCUCGCCAACUGCAGAACAUAUAUUGAUUGCAGUAGGGGCAAUUGGUGCUUUUAUCAUAUUUGUCGCUCUUUUCUACUUUUUCAUGGUAAUUAGGCGUCAGAAUAAACUACUAAAUCCUAGUGAACCUAGCAUGAAUAAAGAUUGUAAUACCAAGUUGGAACCAGAAAACACGAACGAACCACCACCGCAAUACUCAAUAGACAAAAAUAGCCCUCCAAUAUACUUAGAAACAAGCGAUCAAAAAACUCACUUGGAAUCUACUACACCUGUCCAGCAUACAAGCUCUCCCGAACUGUCUCAAUCAAGAUCAAACGAUUCUUCUUUCGGUGUUUCAGCUAAUCCAAAUCUCUUUGAAUCGCCAACUGCACAAUCCCGUCUUGGUGACAGUUCGCAAAUAAACACAGCUUUUUCGACUGACGCUCGGAAUUUACACUAUCCAUCAAUCUUCAAUAAUAACAACUCAAUGUCUCAGAAUGUGUAUUCUACACACCAAACACCUGAUAUAUAUAGUUACAACCAGGGGCAAGCUGACCGUAUGAGUUUUCGUUCAUCUUUAUCGUCAGGAUUUGGGGACGGCCUGAUCAUUCCAGAACCGUCGGUAAUAGGAUCUGGUGUAAAUAAUCCUCGGCGUCAAAGUGUCCUCCAGCAUCAAGCUGAACAACAUCCAAGAUUUUCAUGGGUUCCGUCGCAGCCUCGUGAUACCAUGUAUACUACGAUUUCAGUCGAUCCAUCUCCCCGUUUUCGGACCGUAAAUUCCUGGGUUGUGCAACAGAGUGAUCGUGUCGAGCGUCAAGUCUCAACGGAUAGAAAUAUAGCUUAUCUGCCCGCAGCACCCCUACCUGUGCGAAUAGCGGAAGCAAGGAUUUUAAGUGAGCAGCCAGCUCUUACGCGACCGCAAGGAAAAUAG